AUGAUCUCGGAUAGUACUUCUAAAGAUACUGUACACAAUUCAGGUCGUACUUCUAAAGGCAGUGUAGACAAUGCAGGUCGUACUUCUAAAGAAAGUGUAGACAAUACAGGUCGUACUUCUAAAGAAAGUGUACACAAUUCGGGUCGCACUUCUAAAGGAAGUGUACACAAUUCAGGUCGUACUUCUAAAGACAGUGUAGUCAAUGCAGGUCGUACUUCUAAAGGUGUACACGAUUCAGGUCGUACCUCUUCAGGUCGUACUUCUGAAGAAAGUGUACACAAUUCAGGUCGUACUUCUAAAGAAAGUGUACACAAUUCAGGUCGUAUUUCUAAAGAAAGUGUACACGAUUCAGGUCGUACCUCUUCAGGUCGUACUUCUAAAGAAAGGGUAAACAAUUCAAGUCGUACUUCUAAAAAAAGUGUGCACAAUUCAGGUCGCACUUCUAGUGAAAUUGUACACAAUUCAGGUCGUACUUCUAAAGAAAGUGUGCACAAUUCAGGUCGUACUUCUAAAGAAAGUGUACACAAUGCAGGUCGUACUUCUAAAGAAGGCGUACACGAUUCAGGUCGUACUUCUAAAGAAAGGGUACACAAUGCAGGUCGUACUUCUAAAGAAAGUGUACACGAUUCAGGUCGUACCUCUUCAGGUCGUACUUCUGAAGAAAAGUGUACACAAUUCAGAUCGUACCUCUAA